CUAACUUUCUAAUGCUAGUGGUUGUCUUUCUCUUGUUACCCUUUCUUAUUCCUAGACUCACGUGAACUUUGGAAACAUGUUAGCAGCUAAACACAAAGGGUUAAAAAAAUUUGUAGUACAUGGAGGAUGAGAGAUGGAGGACAAAGAAGAGAACCAAGAUCAUAACCACUCAUCUCUCCUCCCUAAUCGCAACCCCAUCACAACCAAAGAAGAGUCUCUAAAAAAACCCAUUGGUGGUGGCAGUGGCAGUGGCAGUGAUAGGCUAAAGAGAGAUGAGUGGAGUGAAGGAGCCGUUUCUACCCUUCUUGAGGCCUAUGAAGCCAAAUGGGUACUCAGAAACAGAGCCAAACUCAAAGGUCAUGACUGGGAAGAUGUUGCAAGAUAUGUCUCAUCAAGAGCAAACUCUACCAAAUCACCAAAGACACAGACACAGUGCAAGAACAAGAUUGAGUCUAUGAAGAAAAGGUAUAGAUCAGAGUCUGCUACAGCAGAUGCAUCAUCUUGGCCUUUAUACUCUCGUCUUGAUCUUCUUCUGCGUGGAACUGGACCUAUAUCAACACUACCACCAUCAACACCAAUAGCACCAGCAACAACACAUGCACCUUCUCAAUCACCACACCGUUUGUUGUUAGAACCGUCGCUGGCAGUGUCACAAUCUCCUCAUCAGCCACCUCCUCCUGUUGCUCCUCAACCACUUGCAACUGCACAAAACUCACAUGGAUCCAAUGGUGUUGAUAGAGUAGCCAAGGAAGAUGGGUUAGGUACUAAGUCAUUUGACCAUGUAUCUAACAAGAAUCCAUUGGAUACGGAUAGCAGUACACCUGCACUUUACAGUGAAAAGGACAAGCUAAGAUGCAACAAGAGGAAGAUGAAAACAGAGAACAACAAGCGUAGAAGGAAAGAGGAUAUGGAAAUAGCAGAAAGCAUAAGGUGGCUAGCAGAAGUGGUUGUAAGGUCAGAACAAACAAGAAUGGACACAAUGAAAGAGAUAGAGAGGAUGAGAGUUGAAGCUGAUGCAAAGAGAGGGGAAAUGGAUCUUAAGAGAACUGAAAUCAUUGCCAAUACACAACUAGAGAUUGCUAGGAUCUUUGCAAGUGUCAAUAAAGGUGUUGAUUCAUCAUUAAGAAUUGGAAGGAGUUAAGGGUAUUCUGGAAGCUGAUUAUCACAAGUUGUAUGUAUUUAUAACGAAUAUAAUAUAUACAUUGAGGGAAAAGUUAUAUUGAAAAAGUUUUUUUGUUUACAAACUUACAAAUUACAUUAUGUACGAUGAGUAAUACAUUAUGUGUUGGCAUGUACUAUUCAUAGUACAUAAUAUAGUUUGUAAGAGUUUAUAAAUUUUUUAUUUGUCAAUAUAACUAUUCCCCUGUAUAUUGAAGGAGAGGGAGAUCUUAUAACAACUUUGUAAUUGGCCUACCUAACUAGUGAAGAGAAGCACCGUACGGUAGAGGCAAUAAUUAUCUCUCCUAACUUAAAUUGUAAACUUUUAAU